GGCCAGGAAGGAGGAGCCGAUGCUCCAGCAGCAGCCAGCGCCAGCCAAGAGCAGCAGCAGCAGCAGGAGGAGGAGGAAGGGGCUGCCUCUGCUGCUGAGCCCCCGGGAAGGAAGGCAAAGAAGGCAGGCACCCGAGCAGCAGCAGCAGCAUUCCUGCCUCCCUGGCUGGCUGGGGGUGUCCCGGCGGCAGGAUGCUGCUUUGCCUCUGAGGAGCCCCCUUCCUCCCUCCUCCUUCCCUCCUCCCUCCCUUUCCUCCCUUUCCUUUCCUCCCUUCCCUCCUUCCCUCUCUCCUUGGGCCAGCCAUGGGCAAGGACCAGGAGCUGAUGCAGGCGGUCAAGGCGGAGGACCUGGGCGCCGUCCAGAAGCUGCUGCAGAGGCCCAAGCCGGGCAAGGCCAAGCUCCUGGGAUCGGCCAAAAGAGUGAAUGUUAAUUUCCAAGACACCGAUGGGUUCUCCGCCUUGCACCAUGCGGCGCUCAACGGAAACACGGAGCUCAUCUCGCUGCUGCUGGAGGCCCAGGCCGCUGUGGACAUCAAGGAUAACAAAGGGAUGCGCCCUUUGCAUUAUGCCGCUUGGCAGGGAAAAAAGGAGCCGAUGAAGCUGGUCCUGAAGGCCGGGUCAUCGGUCAACAUCCAGUCUGACGAGGGGCAGAUCCCUUUGCAUCUGGCGGCUCAGCAUGGGCACUACGAUGUGUCUGAGAUGCUCCUUCAGCAUCAGUCCAAUCCCUGCAUCCUGGACAACUCCGGAAAGACGCCGCUGGACCUGGCUUGUGAGUUUGGCCGUGUUGGGGUGGUGCAGCUGCUCCUGAACAGCAACAUGUGUGCAGCACUUCUGGAACCCAAGCCCGGGGACAUCACCGACCCCAACGGCACCAGCCCCUUGCACUUGGCGGCCAAGAAUGGGCACAUUGACAUCAUCCGCCUCCUUCUCCAAGCCGGAAUCGACAUCAACCGGCAAACCAAGGCUGGCACCGCUUUGCACGAAGCGGCCUUGUGCGGCAAGACGGAUGUCGUGCGGCUACUCUUGGAUAGUGGGAUCAACGCUCACAUCCGGAACACUUACAGCCAGACGGCGCUGGACAUUGUCAACCAGUUUACGGCCACACAAGCCAGCAAGGAGAUAAAGCAGAUGCUCCGAGAUGCUUCAGCUGCUCUGCAAGUCAGGGCUGUGAAGGAUUAUUGCAACAACUACGACCUGACCAGCCUCAACGUGAAAGCUGGAGAUAUCAUUACGGUUUUGGAGCAGCAUGCGGAUGGUCGAUGGAAAGGCUGCAUCCAUGACAACCGGACCGGGAACGACCGUGUCGGCUACUUCCCAUCCAGCCUUGUGGAGGCCAUCAGCAAACGCACAGGUUCAUGGGACGCAGGGCAGGUCCAAGCCAUCUCUCUCCCAGCUGGCGGGGUCCCAAUGGUGCCCAACGGCCAUUCCUGCUUCUCCUCCUCCUCCUUCUCCAUCACCACUGCCAUCUUUUCCUCCUCCUCCUCCUUCUCCCAUCAUGUCCUGCCUCCACCUCCACCGAACCCCCAUCAGCCUCUUUUCAGUUCCUUCGGCUACCGCUGGCUCCCUCAUGGCGCCGUGGAAGGGCCAGGCGCCAACCCAGGUUCCCGAGGGUCCGACGCCAGUCCGUCCCACUUGUCCCCAUCCUCGGGCGGCUCUGCGACCACGCCAGCCCCGGCCGAAGAGAUCUGGGUGCUUCGCAAACCCUAUGCAGGUGGUGACCGCAGCAGUGUGGGCAGCACCGGAAGCGUGGCUAGUGGCCGGAGCUCAGGAAGUGGCCAGAGCACUGGAAGCGGUGGCCACACGGCUCUCCACCCGGGCUCUGAAGGUGUCAAGCUUCUGGCAACCGUCCUUUCCCAGAAGGCGUCUGUGCAAGAAUCCGCCGCGGGUGACGGGCCUGCCAAAGCAGCAGAGACGCCCGCAGGUUCUUCCCGGACCCCGAGUCUUGGCAGCUCCUCCUUCCAGAGCCAGCCUUAUGGCGAACAGCAGCAGCAACAGCAACUGAAGAAAGUGGAGCCAAUGUCCGAAGGGAAGAGCUCAGAGGCCGUCUACCAAUGGCUUUGCAAGUUCCAACUGCAACUCUACGCAUCCAACUUCAUCAAUGCGGGGUACGACAUCCCCACCAUCAGCCGCAUGACACCUGAGGAUCUGACAGCCAUCGGAGUCACCAAACCAGGACACAGGAAGAAGAUUGCCUCCGAGAUCAACAACCUAAAUAUUUCUGAAUGGCUCCCAGAGUACAAGCCGGCUAACCUGGCACUCUGGCUCUCCAUAAUCGGACUGGCCCAGUAUUACAAGGUCUUGGUGGAAAAUGGCUAUGAAAACAUCGAUUUCAUCACUGACAUCACUUGGGAAGACCUGCAGGAGAUCGGCAUCACUAAGCUGGGUCAUCAGAAGAAGCUGAUGUUGGCAGUGAAGAAGCUGGCAGAGAUCCAGAAGGCUGAGUACAUCAAAUACGAGUCGGGGACCUUGAAGAAGAAGGGGGCACCUCAGUCUUUGGACACGAUGGCAAUCGAGUCGCCUCAGCAGGAAACGGCCGAGUGCCAGUCGCCCAAGAUGACCACUUUCCAAGACAGCGAGCUGAGCAACGAGCUGCAAGUGGCCAUGACUGGCACCAGCGAGGAAGGGACGGAGAAACAGGGCAACCAUGUGGGCCAUUUCCGCGAAGGGGCAGCCUACCGCCACUCUUCUCGCCUCACCCAUGAAAACAGUCUGAGUGGGAGAGCAAAACACAUGAGUAGCUCCCAAGAGCUGCUGGGAGAUGGAUCGAAGCCUUCCAGCAGCACCAUGUCCAAGAGCCAGGAGUACCUGGUAGAGGAUGGGAAAGAGAGUCCAGCCACUUUGCCCAAGGAAGUGCGGAGCCUCCGCCAUGGCCACAGCAUCAAGAGAGCAAGUGUGCCGCCAGUGCCCGGCAAACCCCGGCAAUCGUUUCCCCCAUCCACCGGCCACUACACCCCCCCACAGACACCCACCAAGCCCCGCCCCUCCUCACCACAAGCUCUUGGUAUGCCACACGCCACGGCCAAGGUAAAACCCACACCCCAGUUGUUGCCGCAGUCGGACCGCCCCAUGUCUCCUCGCUCACUGCCUCAGUCCCCGACGCACCGUGGCUUUGCUUAUGUCAUGCCGCAGCCCAUGGAGGGAGACGCUCAUGCCACAGGACCUUUGGCGCAGGCGGUGCCAGUGCUGCCAGUCUCGGUGCCGGUGCUGUGUUUACCUCCCCAGGCCACAGAAGCCGAAGAAGAAGGAGGCCGGCCGAAGAAGAGGGCACACAGCCUUAACCGUUAUGCUGUGUCUGACAGUGAGCAGGAGAAGGACGAGUUACUGGUGCCGGACGCCGGGCCCUACGCCACAGUGCAGCGACGGGUUGGGCGCAGCCACUCAGUGCGGGCCCAGUCAGGAGGCGAUAAGAAUGUCAACCGCAGCCAAUCCUUCGCUGUACGGCCAAAAAAAAAGGGGCCUCCGCCGCCACCACCCAAGCGCUCCAGUUCAGCCAUUUCCAGCACCAACAUGACAGACGAUUUCAAGGAUGGGGAAGAAGGGCAAGAGACCUCUCAAGAGCAACAGCAGCAGAGACGUGCCAGUGAUUUUGGGGGUGUUGUGGAUACGGGUAGCGCUGGGAGCGUAAAGAGCAUUGCUGCCAUGUUAGAAAUGUCAUCCAUUGGCGGUGGAGCCAGAGGUCUUGCUCUCCAAAAGCCCCCCGGAGCCGGGAAGGGUGCUGACAGCUACUACUUGCAACCUGGGGCAGCCCUGCACCCGGCCAGUCCAGAACACUCUCGUGUCGCGACCGUCCUGGCUACCGUCAAGCAUAAGGAUGCCAUUGGGCCAGAUGGCGAGGUGGUCAACCGUCGCCGCACAAUCAGUGGCCCCGUCACAGGGCUCACAGCCACUGCUCGACGGGAACGUUCUGACAGCAUAAAGUCUGACGCGUCCAAGGAAGGUGGCCCUGUGGAGCGUCUAAGGGCAGAACAUGUUGGAGGGCCCCCGCAGAACAGUGCUGGGGAGAACAUCCCCUUUGCUGAGGAGGGCAACCUGACGAUCAAACAGCGCCCCCGACAGAUGGGGGUGGCCAAACCUGAAGGUGGUGAGGCCUUGUCCCUGGCCCACCGGCAUGGAGACCUCUCCAAAGUGGAGGCCAGUGCCACGCUCAAGAGAAGAAUCAGGAUGAAACAGAGCCAACAGGAUGGCGUCAAGUUUAUCCUCACAGAGUCGGACACAGUAAAGAGACGGCCGAAGUUGAAAGACAAGGAGCAGGAGCCAGCCCUGCUCUCAGUCUACCAGAACGGCACCACCACCGUCAGACGCCGUCCGGCCUCAGAAACAAGCGGCGUGGAGGUUGUGUCCCCUGCGGAGCAGCAAGAGAGAUACGACUAUGCCACCACACAGCCCCCUCCAGAAGGUGAACCCAAGAAGAUGGUCAAACCACCCGUUUCACCCAAGCCUGUCCUACCCCAGAAAGUCUCGGGACCACCCACACCGACCUCCAAAAAGGUCCCAAUUCCAGGCCCGAGCAGUCCAGAAGUAAAGCGUGUUCAUGGGACUCCGCCACCCGUCUCUCCUAAACCGACACCACCCCCGACUGCCCCUAAACCCAAGGUCCAUGCAGUCCUCCAGUCUGCGAGCGCCAGCUCCACGCCUGCCCCGUCACCUGCCAAGCAACUAGUCUCCACCAUCAAGCCUUCGAGCACGCCGCCCUCGCUCUGCUCCAGCCCGGCAAAACCCUUGUCCCCCGGCCGGGCUCCCUCUCAGACGGUGCCGGUCAAGCCCCCUCGCUCCUCCAUGGCAGGGCCUUCGGUGGAGAGCACCAGCACAGAGAGCGUCCAUCAGAAGCUGGAGGAGACCAGUGCCUCCCUUGCUGCUGCUCUGCAAGCAGUGGAGGAGAAGAUCAAGCAGGAGGACGGGCAAACAGCAGACUCCGCCGCGGAGUCCAAGAGCACAGUCAGCAUCCUGGACGACAUCGGCAGCAUGUUCGACGACCUGGCUGACCAGUUGGACGCCAUGUUGGAAUGAGAGCUGGCCGACAAUCCCAGCCAACCUCAGGAUCUGCCAAGGGCACAAGGGCACAAUCAUCUCCAUGGAAGAUCUUCCCUUUCUCCCUUCCCUUCCCAUCUUUUGAGGUUUGCACAAUGAAGAUAAGUAUUACCUCAGGAUUGUGCUGAAACAAACGAGAUGCUUGGGAAAGGUUUUCCUUGCAACCAGUUUUGCGGAAGCAGAGAACAAUAACAACGACAACAGAAGAGAGGAUCUCUUGUAUUUUCUUUUUCCCCGGCCCCUUACCUAAACACCUGUUGACCUUGGGGAAUACUGCAAUUUUCCUUCCUGAAAACGAAGUUAAAAAGGCUAACAACGCGCCUCUUUAUGGGCAGGAGCUUCCAUAUCUACGAGACGAAUGCGAGCGUCCAGGCUCCUCUCAAGUCAAACUCGCUCCUCCUCCUCCUCCUCCAUUUGAUUUGGAAAGUAUUUUCUCUAUUCCUCCUCGCUCUUUCCAAAUGAGUCCCCUUUCUCCUUUUACCCCACAGGUAUUAACAGUCCAAAAAUAUGUUAUCGAAACGUGUGGCACAAAAAUAAGUAUUAGUCUUUCUCUGGUUCUUCCUGUUUUUCCGUUGGGGUUGAGAUUUCGUCUUGGUGAACAACUCUUGCCUUCUGUGUUGGUCCUGUUCCUUGACUGAGCAAUGCUGUCCUCUCCGGCGCGGCCGCUGCCUGUUCCGGUGCCCGUCUGACCCUCGCCGGGAAACGCCUGAAGAGCGAGGCACGACGGGGCUGGGGACGCCCGAGGGAAGCUGCGGAGUCCCCCCCUCCGGAGGCUUUCGGCUAGCUGCAUGCUUUGUUUCUUUGUCCCAAAGGUGUUUGUCUGCUCCUGGUGAUGAUGAAGCUGUGACUGUGAGACGUUUUUGUUCUGUUGAUGAAUUUCCAUUUGAGAUAUAAGCUCCUUUCCUCCCUCCUUGGUUCGUUUUGCCUGGGAAAGCAACGUCCCCGGUGGGAAGGUGUAGGCGCCUUGGUACAUUUGCAUGAUCGAUAACAGUGUUGAGAAGGGAAAAGGGGAAACAAAAAAGAAAUUAGAAAACAUCCUGGCCAAAAUCCCACUGUAAAUAUCCCCAGGUGGCCUUCCGUAGCUGCCAAAGCAGAAUAUUUAUUCCCGAUUCCUUUCUCUUUGCCCCCGUCCCCCUUAAAUAUAUAUAUAUAUAUAUGUAUAUCUAUAUCUCUCUAGGCAAAGGGCAGUUCUGAGCAUGAGGGGCUUACGUUGCACUUUCUCUUUGCUUCAAAGCACUUGCUUCCAAAGAGUUUUGUCCCUGAUCAAGCAAUUCCUUAGCGAUGGUUCCUGGGAGGAUGAGGAAUGAGGACACAGAGUUCAGUGUAAGCAGGGCACAGCCGUGGCAGUACAGGCAAUGACAAAUCGAUUUUGUGGGAAAUGAUGAUUGUGAAGCAGCAGGCGCAAUGGUGGUCCUGGAUUCUAGCAGGGGUUUAGCAGAAGGGGAACUCCCCUCCCUUGAUAUCCCAAAAGCAAAGUCCAGUUCUGCCCCUGUGCCAAAAGUGAGUCAGUUGCAGCCAUAUGCUGGGAUGAGGUUUGCAUCUUGGGCUCUUGACAUCCGUCUCAGUUUGCACUUCUUACCCUACUAGAUCUUGGGAUUCUUGUCCUGCUGUUCGACUUGGGGUGCUCUUGCUAGUCAUCUGUUUAAGAAAAUAUAUAGGAAAAGGGUGAUGAACCUUGGGGAAACCUGGCAGUUGUAGUUUGUGUUGUGCAUGCCCCAGAAAAGGGUGGUGUUCCAUCAGAUUUCUGUGAGCCCAAGGAAUGCAAAGUGAGCCAAAGAUUGUACCUAUCUAUUUAGUGGCACAUGGAUUUUGCAGUAUCCUCAAUCCACAAGAGGGUUUGCUUUUUGGAGAGAAGAAAGUGUCAUAGCAGACUCCACAGUAUGGGAGAUUGUGAAUUGUUCUGCAUAGCUCUCUUGCAAGACUGGGGUGCUCCUUUGCAGCAAAGGUUUAAAAGGAGGAGGUUUGAAAUGGACGGUUGGGUUCCUAAGAGCAGCAUUGCGUUCCUCUUCGCAGAGGCAGCCUGCAGAAUGUAAUGGUGGCCCAGUGGACUGCCCUUGUCCUGCGCUCUACCAAAUAAUCCCUCCUUUCCCUCUCUUUGGUUGCAGUGGCAAUGUCCAAACACUGCAAGUAGUUUUGGAGGGAGAGGAAGCACCUGAAUGUCAAAGCACCAAACAGAUCCACUUGUUCUGUUAGCUGUUACGUCUCGCGUCUAUGAGGUUUUCUGAGCUUCCUUGGCUGCCUUUUCCUGGGCUUGUACCAUUCUGAAAUGAGCACAAUCGGGGGUUCCCCAAAAAGUGGAAUACCCAUUCCUUCAUCUUCCAACCGAAUCCUCUCUGUUUUUCUUAAACAUCAUCUACUCCUGUUCCUUCUUUCCUUCCUGGCGAUGUGCACAUGUCCCCUACAAGAACAACACUAUAUAUUGACCUUGAUGGAGAUAACACAUUUUACCAUUAAAAGUGGUAGCUUCACCAGAAGCAAAGGCCAUACCAGGUGGUGCUUCAGCACUAAUAUUGACUUGCUUUCAUGCACAUAUCCUUAAAAAAACAACCAGGUGUGUCCUCAGUUCUUGCCAGUAGGCAAGCAUAAAGCUGAGUUGCACUGGAUUUGAAGCUGGUCAUAGGCAUUCCUACGAUAGGUUCAUUGUGAUUUUCAGUCCUUAAAAGGAGGGUUUCAGGGAGUGGCACCCCAAUGUUUUUUGACAGGUACACUUCUGAUUAAUAAGUAGUGUAGACUGGUCUUCGGUGUCUUCAACCUGUUGCAUUUUAUCCAAACCCUUUGUUAGGAUAGCCUCACGCCUCCAAAACAACUUCAGUCGUGUCUCAAAAGGCCUUUCAUAAAUCAUAUCAUCAUGGUAUUUGUUGGAAUAAUUUUAAAAUAAUAAUUUUCUGCAUCGUCUUGACUAUGGGAGACUGAGCCAGAGACCCAGUCUUUCAUCCCAGGCAUUGCCACUGAUAGCAUCGCCUCUUGUUUUACGUGUUGCUCUGCUAUUUUAUGUUCAUCCUCAUGUGUACUUAUGGGAUUUCAGACAUUUUCAGUAAUGGGAAAUCCAGGGGUGGAAGGAAAUAUCUCUUCCCUCCCGCUCUUCCUUCCAUUGCUUCUUGUUGCUGCUAACAGAGCGAAAUGAUAAUCUCUUCUAAAUAGCACUUCCUUGUAUCCCGUCUUUCCCUGAAUCACGGCGUUAGCAACAGGAGUCCAUCUGAGAGUAAGGAAAAAUUGCUGCUGUUUCCUCAAAUCUUGGUUGCUAAGUCCUCGACUUCUUCCUACCAAAGGCUAUUCCAAGGAACUCCUUGAGUCGGUGAAGAUUCCUUCGGCAAUUAUACUCUUCUUACCAAGAAAAGAAAGCCAUCUUGGCAUAAUGGUUUAAGUAUAGGACUAGGACCCUGGAGAUUUGGGUUCGAUUUCCCACUCGGCCACGAAAACCCACUGAGUGUGACUUAGGGCGAGUCACAUCCUCUCAGCCCCAGAAAAUCCUGCGAUAGGUCCACCUUAAGUCAGAAAUGACUUGAAGGUACACAACAAUAACACAGCUGAUAACAAUCCCAUCCUUGUGUUUGAAAACAUGAGCUUCCACUAUCACUCCGUCGUCAUCCUCUCUUUAAAUACUGUUGCAGUCCCAAACGGUCCUCUUUGUUCUCCUUUUUCCCAUAAAAAAGAAGAUUUGGGACAUUUAAAAAUUACAGAAAAAUUAAACUAAGAGAGAGCAAGAGUCGGUGCCCAGUUUGGCUUUGGAUAUGAUUUCAUGGAUUCCAACCCAUCAGUUCAGACCAACAUCUCAGGAGAACUUUGGGUCGCCCUUCGGACCAUCAAACCCUUUUAAACCCUUCUCAAUGUUGCGGACAGUGUUAAUUAAAUGCACCGAAUAUAUUAGUGACCAGGCUGGGAAAAAAAGGUAUUGUUGGGGUUUUGUUGUUGUCCAUGUGGAUGAUGGUCUCCUCUUGAAACAGCCAUGUUUAUUAUGAAUGUUCUUAAUGUGUGAAAGCAAAAUCAAACUUUUUUUCUUUCGGCAGGUGAUUAAAGGGACGGAAGAGAAAAAAGAAAAGAAUAAGCUAUAUAAAGGAGUAUUAAUUUAUUGACAGAAGUUAUUUAAGAUGGAAUUCCCCCUAUUCCCCCAGAGAUAAUUAACAAAAAAUACAUAAAUAAAAGGAAAGGACUUUAAUAUAAGAAAAGAUUUUAAAAUAUUAUCUUCAAUUGUAUAUUAAAAACAGUUUUAAGAAAGAACUGGAGUUUAGCUUGACUAUUAGACUUAUAAUAAGCUGUGUGUCUUUGUGGUUGAGAUCAUUUGAAAAGAGUAGCACAAUGUUUUUAAAAAAAGGUACCGUUUCUUCUUCUUCUUUUCCAAGUGUACAGAAAACAUGACGUUUUUGUUAUAUUAUUAUAAUUUUUUUCCGUUUGUCGUUUUUCUUUUUACGGUUUUCAUGGGGGAAAAAAUCAAAGGACGUGCCUUGUUUUAUGAAUUUAUUUUGUCGAGUCUCAUCUCUGACAAAGUGUGUGUUCCUUUUGGUGCGUUUUAUUUUUUACGUCGAGGUGUGCGUAUGCGUGCGUGUGCCCAAAUGUGUGCGCGUGUGUAAGUCUGCAUUUAAAAGCAUGUGUGUGGAAGUAUUUCUGUGUAUGCGCAGCUGUAUAUUUCAUGUACAAAAAUGGGAGUCAGUCCAGUUUUUAAAGCCUGGGCUGCAAACUCGCCUGGUUCCCUGGCGCCACCGCCGCGGUUUUCCGGACCCAGGCGCACACUCUUCUCUCGAUAGGUCCGUCUUUGCUGAUCUCCAAAACGUGUCUGGCACAACUUUGAGAUUUCUUAAUUAUUAAAAAUAAAUAAAUAAAUACAGAGACAACAUAAAGAUACCUGUUGUAAAGAGAAACAAAAUGUAUCUUUAAGAGGGAAAAGAAAAAUAUUCCAAGAUUCUAAUGCUGGAUAUAUACAUAUUAUAUAUAUAUUAUAUAUAUUUUUAUUAUUAAGUUAUGGAAACUGUAUUGUAUUCCCAUCCAAUCAGAGCUAUGCAUCUUGCCGCCAGUCUCCUUUUCUUGCUUCGUGCGUCCCACCUGUAUUAUUAUUAAUUAUUAUUAUUAUUAUUAUUAUUAUUAUUAUUUGAUGGCUUCUGUGGUACUGUAAAGAAUUUUGCUCUUAUUUAAAAAACAAAGAAGUGUCUGGCUGUAAAUAUUUAAAGGCGGGGGGAGGAAGAAGAGGGGAAAGCAGCCCCCGGUUGGUGCUACUUCAUACAUACAACAUUAACUCUAAAAUAGAGCUUUUAUCAUUGAGGUUAGAAAUAGAAAAAUCCCACCUCAAGGGCAGUUCCAGGACAUACUAAGGCCUGUCUAGGCUGUCAUUUCCAGUACAGGGAGGCAGUGCGGUUGUUGCGUUUACACCCAGUUGGUGCUUACUAAUAAAAUUCAAACCGAA